AGACCUGAUAUUUCCUCUCUACCGACGCUCCUCAGCUCUGCAACAGUGCCAUGCCAGAACCGCAGCAUUAGCAGGCUCGUUUUCCCCCGUCUUCAACACCCUCAAGCGGGGAGGUCCUCUCUCUCCUAUUUUCUUCAUAUUUUUCUCUUCAACUAAGUGCACAAUUUUUUCGGACAUGCCUAACAUCGUGCUUUUCAGCGGGAGCUCCCACCAUGAUUUGUCCCAGAAAGUGGCAGAUCGACUGGGGCUGGAGCUAGGGAAGGUGAUAACGAAGAAGUUCAGCAACCAGGAGACAUGUGUGGAAAUAGGUGAAAGCGUGCGCGGAGAGGAUGUGUACAUCGUGCAGAGCGGCUGCGGGGAAAUCAACGACAACCUGAUGGAGCUGCUAAUUAUGAUCAACGCCUGCAAGAUUGCUUCCUCGUCCCGCGUCACUGCCGUCAUCCCCUGCUUCCCCUACGCCCGGCAGGACAAGAAAGACAAGAGUCGAGCUCCUAUAUCAGCCAAGCUGGUGGCAAACAUGCUGUCUGUGGCUGGUGCAGACCACAUCAUCACCAUGGACCUUCACGCCUCACAGAUCCAGGGCUUUUUUGACAUUGCAGUAGAUAACCUAUAUGCAGAGCCUGCUGUACUGCAGUGGAUCAAAGAAAAUAUUCCUGAGUGGAAGAACUGUAUCAUCGUGUCUCCUGAUGCUGGUGGGGCAAAACGCGUGACGUCCAUCGCAGACCGUCUGAACGUGGACUUUGCCCUCAUCCACAAGGAAAGGAAGAAGGCCAAUGAGGUGGAUCGAAUGGUGCUGGUUGGGGACGUGAAGGACCGCGUGGCCAUCCUGGUGGACGACAUGGCCGACACCUGCGGCACCAUCUGCCAUGCUGCCGACAAGUUAAUCGAUGCCGGCGCUACAAAGGUCUACGCCAUCCUCACACAUGGCAUAUUCUCAGGCCCGGCCAUCUCGCGCAUCAACAACGCCCCGUUUGAGGCCGUGGUGGUAACCAACACCAUCCCACAGGAAGAGAAGAUGAAGGCAUGCCCAAAAAUACAGGUCAUCGACAUCUCCAUGAUCCUGGCAGAGGCCAUCAGGAGAACCCACAACGGUGAAUCUGUGUCGUAUCUGUUCAGCCACGUGCCUCUGUGAAGACCAUCUGCCUGCCCCCACCAAGCCUCCCACCAGGUCACUCGUCUGGCACUUCUGGCUUCACAUUCUGCAGAAAAGGCUCAAAAAGGUCCUGAUGGGUUUCGGCCUAAUACAAGUGACUUUUUAAAAGGUCACACCUACGCAUUGUCAGUGACAUUUUCACCCAGCAAAGUAAAACACUUUUCUCUUUUCAGACCAAGUUUGUAUUUAUGAGCAUCAUCAAUCAUUUCCUGUUUCAUUUUCAGCCCUGAACCAUGAGCCUUCGACCAAAGGGUCCAUUAACGUCACAUCUCUCUUUAUGCUUUUACCUCAAAGAAUUUACUCUAAAUGAAGCAUAUGUCAUGCAUAAGAUUGAGGCUUCUUUCUGCAUUAAAGUAAUUUGAAAUAAAAAUGCUGGAACUCCCCCCAAAUGUUUGUCUUGACAGCUCCUGCAAGUAUUACUAACCUUUAACUCACUAAUAGUCUGACUUGAUUGUAAUAUUUGAAUCUUAUUUUAUCACCAGGCCCCUGACAAUAGUUUGAAAGGUACGCAGCCGUUAUAUAAUUGUGUUGAUGUGACCACAGUUUCAUUUACACUAUUUUUUAAAACUUUUUAUCGUACUUCACCAAAUGUUCUGAUGCAUCUUCUGUAUCAUUUUCUCCCAAAAAGCUACUGUCCCAGCUUAUGGCAACCCUCUGAUUUUUUUUUUUUGUAUUAAAAAUUAGUAAGAUAUGAGGUGUUGUGGGUGCAUUGCCCACAUUCUAAAAAGGUGGAUGAAAUGUGAUCAGGCCCGAAGCUUUUAGUGUUCAGAUUCCAGCCACGAUUUGUCGUAAUGUGUGGUCGUUGUGACAGCUAACAGGUCGCUUCAGUUUAAAUGGAGCAGGUUUCACUGUUCUCCAGAAAGUGGCUUAAACGUGGAUUGAAGAUAAAUGGUUUAUAUAUAUAUAUACAUAUAUAUGUAACACAAAAAGCUGUUCAUUUAAUAAUAAAGCUAUGAAAAUAGAGUGCAGAAGCCAUCUUGGUUGUCUCCAUUUUGCUUCUUCAGCAGACGCAACUCUUGCGAUGCUUUCAGGUUUCCUGCAGCCUGCAUUACCCAUAAUGCAACUUUACAAACUGGGGGUAAUCAUCUCUGGGUGAAUAAUUCUUGUGCCAGUUGAGCUUCAUUUUAGCUCACACUCAGCCUGUUUAAAUUGAAGGAUAAUUCUUUUUUUCCACUUUUAAUUUGGAUAAACAUUUUUGUAAUAAAGUUGAGCAUUCACAACUCUUCUCUCCCUGAUGAUACUCCAAACCAAACUUUGUAAAACUGCCUCAAACAUUCACCUGACUUCAGUGCUCAAAUUCUAGCAAAUAUUUAGUGUAAACUGACCUUUACCAUGCUAAAGCUGAUAUGUCCAAGUGCAAGUGAAUGCAGCAUGCAAUGUACUAAUACAAUAUGAGGGUUCUACAUCAACACUAACAUGUUUUUAUCAUAAUAAAGCAUUCAUACAGCAUCAGCUUCUUACCCACUGCUAUAUGUGUGAUAAUCUGUCCCAACUGUUUACAUUUGAUGAAGAGGAUGUAAAAGUCAAAGUCACCAGAUGUGACCACCAUGCAGUUAAAGCUGAUAUAACUGCUUAUUUGGCUCAAAGUUUUUCUUGUUGUCAGUUAAGUAUUAAUGAUUCACUGCAUAUAAUACAGGAUCAUCCUAAGUAAACAACUGCAUGAAAAAAAGUCGUUUUCUUUCAUAGAUUUGACUUUUUGUUUUAGAUGACCACUUCCAGUUCAUGCUGUUGCUAUCUGAAGGUGCAUCCUAAAUGCAUCUGAGCCCAGAAAAGUUUAUUCACACAGGUUGCUUUUAAAUAGCUUAAUGAUCUGCUCAAUAAUUUGUUGACAAAUAAAUGUUUUCUACCCAUC